UCCCGGUCUCCGGGAUACGGGUGUAAACAGUGGCGUCUCGGCGGGCGCCGAAGCCAGACCUGGCAGGACCCCGGAGUAACGGCCGGCCGCGGCCCGGAGUGGCCCGAGAGUGGCCAUGGCGCAAGGCCGGGAGCGCGAAGAUGCCUCCACGCAUUUCACCAACGCCUCCCUGUCGGUGAGAUGGGUGCAAGGCUUCCCGACUCAGAACGUCCAUUUCAUCAACGAGCACACCAUCUGCUACCCUUCUGGGAACUAUGUCAUAUUCACUAACCUUGAAAACAAGAAGACGACUGUGCUCCAGUGUAUCAAUGGAAUUGUGGGCGUCGUGGCAACUAACGUUCCUGGUGAGGUUGUGGCUUUCUCUGACCGCAGACUGAAACCCAUCAUCUACAUAUACAGCUUUCCUGCACUGUCCAGAAAAAUCAAGUUAAAAGGCAACAUCCUCCUGGACUACACUUUGCUUUGCUUCAGCUACUGUGGCACCUAUUUGGCCAGUUACUCAUCUCUUCCCGAGUUUGAGCUGGCCCUCUGGAACUGGGAAUCCGGUGUCAUCUUGUGCAAGAAGUCACAUCCUGGAAUGGACGUGAGCCAGAUGUCCUUCAACCCCAUGAACUGGCAUCAAAUGUGUUUGUCAAGUUCAAGCACAGUGAGCGUGUGGACCAUUGAGAGAAGUAACCAGGACCAUCACUUCAAGAUGAGGUUGGUCAAGCUGCCUCUGGAAGACGGGUCGCUCGUCAAUGAAGCAGACGUGCUGUUUCCCACCUCACUGCCCAAGGAUCUCAUUUACGGACCCGUGCUGCCGCUGUCGGCCAUUGCCGGGCUGGUGGGCGAAGAGGCCCAGACGUUCAGGCCGAAAGAUGAUAUCUACCCUCUGCUCCACCCAACCAUGCAUUGCUGGACUCCGUCGAGUGAGCUGUACGUUGGGUGUGAAGAGGGUCAUCUUCUGACGAUUAACACAGAGACUCUGAAGGUGACUGUGCUUCAGAAGGUGGAGGAGAUAUCACUACUGGAUGAAGGCCAACUUCUCAGUCCGCUCACACUGGUGUACCAGAAGGACGGCGUGCUCACUUCUGGAAUUGAUGGCAUGGUAUACUCGUUCAUCGUCAAAGAUUCCAAGUACCAGGUGAAGAAUUUUGUUGAGGUUGACGGGCCGGUGGCACAUUUGACGUUUUCCCCUAGUUACAAGAUGUUGCUGAUUCAAACAGACAAGGGGACUGUUUAUAUCUACACAUUUGGUGCAGAGCCAGCGCUAGAUAAAGUCCUAGAAGCCUGCGAUGGGAAAGUCCUGGCAAUGGACUUCAUCACACCUGGAACCAAACACUUCCUGACGCUCACAAGUUCAGGAGAAGUUACUAUUUUAUGGAUAGAGGAUUGCACUUGUGCAAGCAAGGUUUUUCUGGGAACUCCUGCAACAACUCUAGCAUGCUCCCCUUCCUCCGCGUCGGCUGUCGUGGGGACAGUGGAUGGCUAUCUAUACUUCCUGGACAUCCACAACGUGGAGGCCCCUCGAGUGAUUCACACGCUCUUCCUCUCCGAGUCACCGGUGAAGAUCUUGAUCUAUGACCAGCGAGGAGUUUUCCUGUUGGCCGGUACAGUAGAAGGCAACAUCUUUGUUAUUGAUGCCAGACCCUCGAGCUCAUUCAAGAUUUUCGGAUACACUGAGACGAACAAAGACAUUCUGCAGAUAUCCACGGUGUCCCUCCCUGUGUCGGAAGUGGUGGAAGUGCUGGUGCUGUCCCCACUUCCGGAACUAGGAAGAAGCAGACUGGAGUACUUCAUCCUGCCUACCAGGCUAUCACAAGUUCCUAUGAUCUUAUCUGAUGAAAGAGGAAGGCUGAAGGACCGCUACAUCCGCAAGUUCCUGUAUGAGGUGGAGCACCCUCUGUCCUCCGCUGUGCUCGGCUUUGAAAGUGACAAGAUCUAUGGCUUCUGCAGCCAAGUGCCAUACAUAUGCAGCUAUCUGAUUCCCGAGAAGAAUCACGUUGGUGUUUGUGUACUUAAACCACACCAAAAAGUCCAAACCAAACAGUAUGGAUCUGGAAUGAUCUAUAUGUCUUCACAUGGAUUAUGGCUCCUGACAAUAGCCAAAUGUGGAUUUCUCUGUGUCCGAGAUAUUUUCAGUCUGGAAGCGUUUGCUCGGUGUCGGAGUCAUUCUCAUCAGGGGCACGGGAUCCAGUACAUAAAAAUGUCCAUGGAUGGCCAGCACAUCCUGGUGAACGGGAAAGAUGACGGCACCCUCGUCUACCUCAAGUGGAAGCGGCUUGGAGCAAGCUUAGCAAGUGACAUCUUUGAACACUGCCAACAACUAAUAGCCAGUCUGAGCAAAACGUUGGAAAAAGAAAAUGAAUAUUUAGUCUCCUCAGGAGUUUCCCAAGAUGUGAAGCAAGAAGAGGAGCCAGCGGAAUCCAAUCUGAGCUUGGACUCAUCACAAGAGGAAUUAGCCAUCCAUUCUGAAAAGGAAAUUUCUUGGAUCCAACAAAAAAGUAAAGAGGCCAUCAAAAACGAGGUCAGACUGUUUUCACAGAAAAGAAAAGAGAUCAAAAGAGGAAUCAAGGAGCUUUCUCGAACUAUUAUGGGCAUGAUGGAAGAAAACGAAAAAGUGGAACCAAUCGCAAAGUUAGAAGGACAGGAAUUCUGCCUGGACCUUGAGGAGCUGGAGAGGCUUCACGAUGAGAGCGAGGAGGAGGUGGCAAAGAUAAGAAAAGAUGUGGAGAUGCAUAACUUGGCCAAGAGCUAUUUAACUGAGCUCAUCCGGGAGGAGUGCUGGAAUUCCAUGGCUGUGAAGGGCCGAGCCCUGAAGUGCUUCCAUAUCCCCUAUGUGGUCGAGAACUUCCCCAUGAAAGCGCGUACAGAAGAAGAGCUGCAGCAGCUGAACAGAGUUAUGCAGCAAAAGAAGACCGAGGCAGAGUGUCUUAAGCUGCGGAAGGAAAUUGUAGAGGUCCAGUCUUCGGCCACUUUGAUUAAAAAGCAUCAUGAUGAGGACGAUGAAGAAGAAGAAGAUGAAGAAAAUAUAGUAAAAGACACCAGUCUGCCCAACUACCUACUUGGUAGUUUGAGUACUGAUUUUGGGGCAGAUACCUCUCUGUUGACAAAUCAAUUGGAACUUCAUUCCAGAGAGGAGAAAAUCAACCAAAUUAUAUUACUAAAAGAUAUCAUUUACAAUGUAAAAAAGGCUUUCAACAGCGAAUUUGAUGCUGCCUAUAAACAAAAGGAGAUUGAAAUCGCACGCGUGAAAGAAAGGAAUGUUAGAAUUGAAGAGAUUAUUACAGACCUGGAACUGGAAGAAAAGGUCUGGCAACCAGUGUUUGAAGACUGUGAGAAGCCAGAAAGAGCCCUUGUUGUGGAAGACGAUGAGGCCUCCGAUGCAAGACAAAGAGGCCUGAUGGACAUGAUGGGAGGUGUUCUGGAAGUCAAGAAGGAAGACAUCUUGAGAAUGGUGAUCCCUCAACCUGCUUUCAUGGCAAAAGCUGAUGCUUUGUGGAGUGAAGAAGAAAGGAAGCAAUUCAAAGAGUAUGAGAAAAAAGUCAAAGAGCUAAAUGAAGAGAGAGAUAAGUACAGAAAGUCUUUAGAAACCGAAUUGAAGAAACUUCAAAACUCUAUCCAAGAAAGCACCCAGAACUUUGACGAGCACUUAAAGAGACUCUUCGAAAGAAGAGUGAAGGCAGAGAUGGUUGUCAACCAGGAGGAACUGAAAAUAAACAACCUUGUGUUUUCAUUGCUGCUGGAUGAAGAACUGAGCUCCAGGGAGCAGUUCCUGAACAAUUACCUUCUGAAGAAGCAGGAGGAGAAAGUCAAGACUGCAGAAGCCAUCCAGAAAGCUAGAGGAGACCUGGAGGUGUUCAAGGAGCACCAUGACAACUUGGUGGCCGAAGACAAAAUUCUGGAUCGCAGCUUCAAAAAGGAAUUUUCUGAAGUUUCUGGUCACCAGGUGGACGUACUCUACAAACUUUUUAAACGCCGGCCAAGGAUUCACAAACAGAAAACACAUGCAGAUGCCAACAGUCUUGUUCCUUAUGGAGAGCGACCAGGAUCUGGGAAGUUAAAUAAGGAUAACUUUACCCAGCUAAUGAAAUCCAUGGAUGAACUGGACAAUAUCAGUAACAUGCCAGAAGGUUUGGACCCUGUCGUCUGGGAACAUUUCUGCGCAGCCAGACGAGCAAAGGUGGAAAAUGAAUACAAAGUCAAGCAGAAGGCUGCUGGCGUCCAGGAAAUGACAACGUUUCUCCGGAGGAGAGUGGAGGACGAUGAGGCCGUGCAGCAUGAGAUUGAAAAGGUGUUCCAGGAGCUCCUCCGAUUACAGGAGGAGAAAGUGAGAUUCCAGGUGAACUUGACAAUACAAAUUCUUCUUAAACAAGGACAAGUAGAACUGGAGAACUUCCAGUUGAUUCUGGAAUAUUCCGAUGCAAUUCUCAUCAAUAAGAACAUAAUUGAAGACUUGAAUUCUGUGAUUCGGGCUCAAGGACAAAAGAAAGUUGCCAGCAUGAUGGAAAGUAAAGAAGUCCACAAAGGAAUCUAUCAGAUCGAGUGGGAACAUAAGAAAAUGGAGAUGGAAAUGGAAGAUCUGAAUCAGAAGGCCUGGGACAUCCAGAUGCUGUUCUUCUCGCGAGAUCGUCAAAAGUACCUAAACGAACCAAACUACGAGAAUCUGAUUACUAUUCAGAUUGGAAUAAUGGAGCAAACGAUUAAUGUUAUAGAUAAGACUCACAGGAAGAACGUAGAAAACUGCAAAAAAUUACUUAAAAAAUUGGGAAGAUACAGUAAUCAGAAAGACAUAGCAAAUUACAUGCUGAGCUGCAAUCUGCGGGAAGAACUAGUGGCUGUCUCCGAGAGACAAGACAUUUGCAAUGAAAUGGGGUCUAAGCUGACUUGUGAAAAGAUUGCCAAAGAACAGUAUAAAAACCUGCUGAAAAAACAGAAGCUGACAAACAUCUCCAAGCAGCAAGCUGAGCAGAUUUCAAUACUGCAGGCUGAAGUUGAAAGGCUAAGGAUGAAAACAUUCCCUGCCCUUGUUCCCAUGUAG